AUGGAGAUCAGACCUAGUAACCAUUCACUUGAAUGUAAGCUCUACAGAAACACUAUCAUAAUGGGUAAGAGGAGAUCCAGGAGUGUUGAAACUGAAGUGCAUAAGAAAAUCAAAAUUGCAGGUGAUGAUAUAAAUAUGUUCACAUCCUUGAACAAAACUUAUUAUCCAAAUGCAAUAACAGCGUUAGAGGCUAAUAAGUUUAACAAUGGAAAACGAAAAAAACCUUAUGAUCUUCUAAUUGAAAAGACAAAGAAUUUUGAAAUUAGUGGUAAUACCAAAACUUUUAUUCACUGGUUCAGGAAUGAUCUAAGAUUAACCGACAACACGGCAUUAGCAAGAUUGAUAAAGUAUUUUGAAGCUGCUAAGAGUAAGGAUGUAAACUGUACGAUAUUAACAAUCUUUGUCAUAAAUGAAAAUGAUUGGAUGGCUCAUUUGGAAAGUAAUUGGAAAAUUGACUUUACUUUAAAAGCAUUGAACUCACUACGCAUUCAAUUGUCAGAGUUACAAAUUCCACUAGUUUUACUCCAGUAUAAAGAAAAAGUAAAACUAUCAAAUUCUCAAUCAUUUGCGACCUGGUUUAGGAGCCAAUGUACCUCACUUUCCAAUGGUCAACCUGUUUUAGUAAGUUCUAAUAUUCAGUGCGAGACAGAUGAGUUGUACAGAGAUAUUAAAAUUGUGGGUUUGACGGAUGAUAAUUUUAGUUUUACUUUAUAUCAAGAUCUAUGUGUUGUUGAACCAAAUAUACUAAGAACUCUCAAUAACAGGCCAUAUUCUAUUUUUGCUCCCUGGUACAGGAAAUGGUGUUCUUUCAUAAUGGAGAAAAGGUACUCUAACGAUCAAUUAGUUAAAACCUCUUCUUUCCCAAAAAUGAACUAUAAUGAUUCUUUCCAAUUUACUAAACUGGAUUAUGCGAUACCUUCGUACUUUAAGUUAGAGGAACAGCAGAGAAACUACGCUCAAGAACAAGUUUCAGAGGACUUUGCUAACAAAACGCUAGACACUUUUUUAAAAGGUUGUGGAAGGGAUUAUAAUACUGCCAAAGAUGACCUUGCAACAGAAGGAUCGUCACAUUUGAGUGCCUUUAUCUCAUCGGGGCUCAUAAGCACGAGAACAAUAGUCAAUAAAACAUAUAAGCUGAACGGAAAUAAACUUGCAAACAAGGAUAUCAAGAACAACAAUUCUUUAGAGAAUUUUAUCAGGGAAAUUGCCUGGAGAGAUUUCUAUAAAAAUGCAGUAUGCUAUUGGCCAUAUUUAUCAAUGGAUUUGCCAUUUAACUUGAGCACCAUGGAUAUUAAAUGGGAUAACAACGUUGAAAAUUUCAUUAAAUGGUGCAAGGGAAUAACUGGUAUUCCCGUUGUAGAUGCAAUUAUGCGAAAGUUGUUAAAUACUGGAUACAUUAAUAACCGUUCAAGAAUGAUCACAGCGUCCUUUAUUUCAAAAAAUCUAUUAAUCGACUGGAGGUGGGGAGAACGUUGGUUUAGGCGGCACUUGGUUGAUUAUGACUUGGCUUCAAAUGUUGGAGGAUGGGGAUUUUGUUCGAGCACUGGGUUAGACGCUCAACCAUAUUUCAGAAUCUUUAAUAUGGAUCUCCAAGCCAAAAAAUAUGACCCUAAGAGGGAUUUUGUUGAUAAAUGGAUACCAGAACUUAAGGAUGAAGAUAAAGAAUAUCCUUCUCCCAUCGUUGAUCUCAAAGCUAGCAGACAGAGAGCGUUGGAAGCUUUCAAAGAAGUAUUUUAA